AUGGAUCCAAUAGAACAAGAGAAGGUUGUUAAUGACAAAAUGAAAGAGUUCAAAAGGGUGUCAAAGCAUUUUAAGCCUGCAGAGCUCACAGUACAGGACUUACGAAAGGCAGAGCAUAGUAUAUUGGCUUACACCCAAAGGCAACAUUUCUCAGAUGACUUCAAGGCCUUGACAUCAGACUCCCAAAGGAUUACAUGUGGGAGCCGUUUGUACAAAUUAGAUCCAGUAGUAAAAGAUGGACUCAUUCGAGUUGGAGGCCGCCUGGAACGUGCAGUAUUAUCAGAGAGUAUUAGACAUCCAAUAGUUCUACCCAAAGACUCCCCUGUGUCACAUCUCAUUAUAGAUGCUGUACAUAAAUCUGUUGGACAUCUUGGUAGGAAUGCUAUGCUGAACAGUCUCCGUCAGAAGUAUUGGAUUUUAUGUGCCAACACCUUAGUGAGGAGAGCUGUAGCCAGAUGCAUUGUGUGCCGAAGAUACAGGGCCAAAAUAGGUGAACAAAAAAUGGCGGAUCUGCCAUCCGAGCGUGUCACACCAGAUAACCCUCCAUUUACGCAUACCGGCGUUGAUUACUUUGGGCCUUUGGAGGUCAGACGAGGUCGUUGUACUGUUAAAAGGUAUGGUGUUGUAUUUACCUGCAUGGCAACACGUGCAGUCCACUUGGAAGUUGCGUAUUCAAUGAAUACUGAUUCUUGUGUUAAUGCUCUUAGGCGAUUUAAAGCCAGAAGAGGGAAUGUCCAGUCUAUAAGAUCAGAUAACGGUACUAACCUUGUAGGUGCCAAAAGAGAACUGCAGGAGGAACUUAAUAAAUGGAACCACAAAAAGAUUGGAAGCAUACUUCGGCAAGAUCAUAUUGAGUGGAGAUUUAAUCCUCCUGCUGGAUCACAUAUGGGCGGGAUAUGGGAGCGACAAAUUAGAACGAUUCGAAAGAUUCUUGUGUCACUCUUUAAGGAACAAACAGUAUACUUGAAUGACGAAGCACUUCAGACCCUGUUUUGUGAGGUGGAGGCUAUUAUCAAUGGACGCCCCAUAUCAGUUGUAUCAGAAGAUCCUAAUGAUCUUGAAGCAUUAACUCCAAAUCACCUGCUGUUGCUGCAUGCAAAUCAGACCCUGCCUCCUGGUGUAUUUGAGAAGCAAGACACAUACGUGAAACGUAGAUGGCGCCAAGUACAAUAUUUGGCAGAUGUGUUCUGGAGGAGAUGGCUAAAUGAGUACCUACCAUCGCUGCAGGAAAGACAAAAAUGGGUUCACCCCAGACGAAACCUGGCUUUGGGGGAUAUUGUCCUUGUCAUAAAUAAUUCAGUCCCAAGAAACAUCUGGCCAAUGGGAAAGGUAGUGGAGGUGAUGAAGGACCGAAGGGGGCUGGUUCGAAUGGUUAAAGUUAAGACGAAGACCAAUGUGUAUUUGCGUCCAGUGGACAAGUUAUGUUUGCUACUGGAAUCUGAUGAUGCUGAUGGUGGAUUUGAUGGUCCUAAGCCACAGGUCGGUGAUGUUUAA